CGCGAGUUUCGCGGGCCGCGAUUCCGAAAUCAUUUUGAUGAUCAUUUCAUCGAGUGUCAGCCUUGCCUCCCAUCGAUCCGAGUGUCACGAACACAACGCAAUACAACACAACGCCCGGACUAGCACGGCGUACCACUUCUUCGCAGCCAACAACGCACAAAACGCGGUGCCAUGUCGACCAGGAGAAAACCGCGAAAGGCGUCGGCGGCGACUUCGGUUCCCUCCACACCCACGCCCGUCACGUCUGCCACCACCGGAAGCAGAAACGCCGGGAAACGCCGAAAACGCGAACCCGUGAAGCUCGCGGCCGAUUCCGAUCUGGUCCUGGCCAAGUGCCGAGCCCUCAAGUCGAGAAUGCGCCGAAAAUCCGAGGAAAACGACGGAUCGGAUCCGACUUCUUUCGAUGACAGCGUCCCCGAUGCCGUCGGCAGCAACAACGGCGACCAAAACAUCCCGAGCGACAUUGUGGAGGUCGCCGAGCUCUCCGCCACCGAGGUCCUGGAGGGCAUCGAGGGGGUGGCCCUCCGGAUAACGAGACAGGUCCUGGCCAAGAAGGGCUUCUCCCUGGAAAUACCGAGCCGGUCCGCCUCGAACCAGAUCUACGUGAGGGAAUGGGACCGCAUCGUGCUGGGGGGGAAGCGCAUCGGCCGGAGCUUUACGAACGUCCGCGAGUCACGCAAGUCGGCGAUCACGCUCAGGGUGAUGCAGCUCCUGCACGCCGUCCUGGUCAAGCGGAUCCACAUCACCAAGCGUGAUCUUUUUUACACGGACGUCAAGCUCUUUGUCGACCAGGCCGAGUCGGACGGGGUCCUGGACGACGUGGCCACCAUGAUCGGGUGCACGCGGUCGAACCUGCACGUGGUGGCCAGCGACAAGGGGCUGGUGGUCGGGCGCAUCCAAUUCGAGGAAGACGGGGACUUUAUCGACUGCACCAAGAUGGGGGUGGGCGGGAAGGCCAUCCCGCCGUACAUCGACAAGAUCGAGAACAUCGAGAGCGAUGCCGAAUUUAUACUGCUCGUGGAGAAGGAGGCUGCCUACAUGCGAAUGGCGGUGCGUUUUCUAUUGCGUUGCUUGGCCUUGUGUUGCAUCCGAGCGAUUCGAUUCCGCCCCGUCGCAGUGUUUUUAUGGGGCGGGGGGGAAUUGUGUGGGAGAUGGACCUCGUUUGUUCCAUCGAAAAAUUGUUUGUUCGUUUCCCAUCUCACAACCGCGCAUUUCUUGCCAAUUGAACUAUCGAUGUGCCAUACCCGCUUGAAAACGGAACAAAAACACGCAACAACAACAACAACAAACACCAAUUGCUCGCUUCUUGUUGUGUACUGAAACAGGAAGAUCGGUUCUACCACAAAUACCCCUGCAUCGUGAUCACGGCGAAGGGUCAGCCCGACGUAGCCUCCCGGAUGUUCCUGUCCCGGAUCACCCACGAACUCAAGAUUCCCGUCCUGGGGCUGGUGGACUCGGAUCCGUACGGCCUAAAAAUUCUGUCCGUCUACAUGUCGGGGAGCAAAAACAUGAGCUACGACAGCGCCUCUCUGACGACGCCCAACAUUAUGUGGCUGGGGCUGCGGCCCUCGGACCUGGACAAGUACGACCUCCCAGACCAGUGCCGACUGGACAUGACCGAGAGCGAUAUCAAGACGGGGAAGGAACUCAUGACGGAAGACUUUAUCCAGAAGAAUCCAAUGUGGAUGAAGGAACUGGAAAUCAUGGUCAAGACCAAGAAGAAGGCCGAGAUCCAGGCCCUGUCUUCCUUCGGGUUUCAGUACAUUACGGAAGAGUACCUGCCAAGGAAACUCAAGGAGGGGGACUGGAUUUGAUUCUGAAUCAAUAAAAGCACCGAGUCGUGUGUAAGAAAACGAACAAAUAUGU